GCAUUUGUGAAGGAUGUACAUGAAGAUUCAAUAACAGUUGCAUUUGAGAAUAACUGGCAGCCAGAAAGGCAGAUUCCAUUCCAUGAUGUCAGGUUUCCUCCACCUACGGGGUACAAUAAAGAUAUAAAUGAAAGUGAUGAGGUUGAGGUUUAUUCCAGGGCUAACGAAAAGGAACCAUGUUGCUGGUGGCUGGCAAAAGUGAGAAUGAUAAAGGGUGAGUUUUAUGUAAUAGAAUACGCAGCCUGUGACGCUACCUACAAUGAAAUUGUCACCAUUGAGCGUUUAAGGUCUGUGAAUCCAAACAAACCUGCAACAAAGGACACAUUUCAUAAGAUCAAACUUGAUGUGCCAGAAGAUCUUCGGCAGAUGUGUGCUAAAGAGUCUGCACACAAGGACUUCAAAAAAGCAGUUGGCGCAUUUUCUGUAAUAUAUGAUUCCGAAGCCCAUCAGCUUAUAAUUUUGUCUAUCAAUGAAGUAACAACAAAACGUGCAAACAUGCUCAUCGAUAUGCACUUCCGAAGUCUUCGCACCAAGUUAUCGUUGAUAAUGAGAAACGAAGAAGCAAGCAAACAGCUAGAGAGUUCGAGGCAGCUUGCUUCACGAUUCCAUGAGCAGUUUGUUGUACGUGAAGAUCUAAUGGGUCUGGCCAUUGGCACUCAUGGUGCUAAUAUUCAGCAAGCCAGGAAGGUGCCUGGUGUGACAGCUAUUGACCUUGAUGAAGACACUUGCACAUUCCAUAUUUACGGGGAGGACCAAGAUGCAGUGAAGAAAGCAAGAAGUUAUCUUGAAUUUGCGGAAGAUGUCAUCCAAGUCCCAAGAAACUUAGUAGGAAAAGUCAUAGGAAAAAAUGGAAAACUUAUUCAAGAAAUUGUGGACAAAUCUGGUGUUGUGAGAGUUAGAAUUGAGGCUGAAAAUGAUAAAAACAUUCCACAAGAAGAGGGGAUGGUCCCUUUUGUCUUUGUGGGAACUAAGGAUAGCAUCACAAAUGCAACAGUCCUAUUGGAUUACCAUCUCAAUUAUUUAAAGGAAGUGGACCAACUGCGUUUGGAAAGAUUGCAGAUAGAUGAACAGCUUCGGCAGAUUGGGGCUACUUCAAGACCACCUCCAAACCGCUCAGAUAAAGAAAAAGGUUAUAUGACUGAUGACGGCCCAGGCCUUGGAAGAGGCAGCCGACCUUAUCGAAACAGAGGGCACAGCAGACGUGGGCCAGGCUAUGCUUCAGGAACUAACUCUGAAGCAUCAAAUGCUUCUGAAACAGAGUCCGACCACAGAGAUGAGCUCAGCGACUGGUCGCUAGCCCCCGCGGAAGAAGAGCGCGACAGCUACCUUCGCAGAGGAGAUGGCCGAAGGCGUGGCGGAGGUGCACGUGGACAAGGAGGAAGAGGCCGAGGAGGUUUCAAAGGAAACGAUGAACAGUCAAGAACAGAUAACCGUCAACGCAAUUCAAGAGAUACUAAAGGGAGAACAACAGAUGGGUCACUUCAGAUCAGAAUUGACUGCAAUAAUGAAAGAAGUGUCCACACUAAAACAUUACAGAAUACCUCCAGCGAAGGUAGCCGACUGCGCACGGGUAAAGAUCGCAACCAGAAGAAAGAGAAGUCGGACAGCGGAGAUGGCCAGCAGCCGUUGGUGAAUGGAGUACCCUAACCUGCAUAGUUUGAGAAGUCGCAUUUCCUAAACUGUUUCAGUAAAUCUUGUUCCACAUUAGAGAAAACUUGUUAGGCCAAAGACAAAAAAUAGUAGGCAAGAUGGCGCAGGGCAUGAGAUGAAUAUAAAAAGUUCUGUUAGCUUUUUUUAACAUCAGCAGUAUGCAGUUUUUUUCAAAAUAAAGACGUUAUACUUGCAUUAAAAUAUCUUGAACUUCUGGAAAAAAAUUGCUUUUCGAGUACAUAUUGCACUUCAAACAAUGAAAGAAUCCUUUUGUUUGUUUUAAAAAUACUGAACUGUGCAUUGGUAUUUCCGUUCAGUUGUACCGUUUUAACGCAUCUGGUCAAAAUCACUGCUAAAUUUCAAUUUUCAGAAUAAAUAGUGUUUGCGGUAAUCAAAUUGGGCUUCUGUUUUCAAUCUAUUGAAAGUUCCUCAUUUAAAAAAAGAAUAAAGCUGUUUUAUGUCCUGUGUCAGUUCACAUUUUGGUUCACUUUUUUCAGUAUUUUAGUGAACCUGGAUGUAUGUGUAAUGUAACUAAAAAUGUCAUUUUCAUUAGCAAAAAGUUGUAUGAUCUGUGCCUUUUUUAUAUCUUGGCAGGUAGGAAUACUAUAUUUGGAUGCAGAAAUCAGGGAAGAUGAGUUGGAAACACUAAAUGUACAAUAUAUGUAGCAAAACUUCUCCAACAGUUAGUACUUUAUUAGAAGAAAUGCAUGCUUUCCAUAAUUUUUCCUAGCAUAAACAUCGUUAAGCAGUUUAUAAGAAUAGGAAACUUAUUUUGCACUGAGGAUAAUGGCAGAUCGUGUUACUGAAAUGGUGGGUUUUUUUGUUUCUUUCUAGGCAGGACAAGAUAAGUUUUUUAAGCGCAUAUUUCCAUUUGUGAUAAACUAAAACAAUUCAUGGUUACUGAGGGAACAAAUUGUAACUUGUCCAUAAAUUAGUAGUGUGUGCCUGCUGUUUGUCCAGAGGACCAAUUUAAAAGAAUAGCUCUCGUUUCACUUCCCCAACAGUUUCUGGUAUUGAAAUUCAGAGCCUUUCUCGUACGAGAUAGGAAAGUGAUUCGUAUUUGUGACUCUGAGUAAAAUUCAGGGAUAGCGUCGUAAGACAGCAUUUGAAAUCCAACAUACAUGGCCUCAUUUACAGAUAGAUAUGAAACAUAUGACGGAUAUCGGCAUAAAGAUUAGUUGCCCGUAAUAGGGAGGCUUUAGGAAGGCUUUCUAUUUCUUACCAUGAAUAAUAUAGCAAAAAAACAAAAACAAAAA